CAUCAUGGCGCUGCCAGAAGACACAAGCGCGUGGCCUCAUCUCAAGCAGGCUUUUUGCCUCUUAAAGCGGAUUUAGAUGGAAAAAUUGCGGACAUCAAGCGGAGGAAACGUGUAAACAAAAACAGGAAAAAGAACUGGAACAAAUACAGUGAUAUUCACGAUGUGGAGGAGUUUCUGGAUGACGUGCGGCUUCAGGAGAGAGCCGCAGGUGGGUUGAUAUCCGAAAAACCAGAUGACGGCCUCUUCUUUGUAGACUUCGGUGAAAAAGAAAAAGACACUCGACCACAAGAAAAAGAAGAAACCGUCAAGAAGUCUAGAAAUUCAAAGCCACUGCGGAUGGAUCUAAUUCUUCAGCCUGCCUCUCAUAUACAAGCACCGAAGAAUAUAUUAGCCUUCCAGCAGCCCAACGCUAAAAAGCAGCGCCGCAUUGCAGAGAAAGCAGCAAAGUUGGCGGCCAGAGGCGUGGUGCCACGCAGAGAAAAGCUUCUUCAGCUCCGCAGGGCAGCGGCCACCACAAGAGUCCCCGUUAAAGAAAAUCCAGCCUGUAAUAAUCCACAUACGCCUUUUUAUGACCUAUGGACUGCAGGCACACCAGAAACAGCAGAUCCCUACUACCUCGAACAGACCAAGAAAAAGCGUGUCAGGAGACCAAGUAAACUGAACGAGAAGCCCUCGGUUCUUCCUGCGGUUGAGAUUAUCGCUCCUGGAGCUUCGUACAACCCUGACUUCUUUUCUCACCAGGAGCUGCUCGGUGAAGCUCAUAAGGUGGAAGUCAAGAGGCUAAAGGAGGAGGAUAAAUUGCAGCGACAAUUGGCUGUGACUGGAGAAAUUGCAACUGAGGAGAGCGCCUUUAAUGAACAGGUGGAAGGUUUGAUUGAAGAGGAGGAUGAUGAGGAGGAGGAGGAGGAGACGGAGGAGGAGACGGAACAAAUGCAGUCGGAGGAGGAUACUGAAGACACCGCUGUCGGACCAUCUGCAACUCAAAAAAAGAAAACCGAGAAACAGAGGAGGAAAGAGAAAGAAGAAAGGAUAAAGGAGUUGCAAAAGAAAGCCGAGCGUCAGGUGAUUGACAGGAGGCAACAGUUGUUCCAGCUGCGGUCUAUCCGUGCCAACCUGAAAACACAGGAACAGGUGACAAAGAUGAGACAAGCUCAGCGGAAGGCAAAGCAGGAGGCGGAGAAAAGCAUGCCACGUCGACUGGGCAUACUCAAGUUUCAGACACCUGAUCUGGAUGUGCAGUUGAGCGAUGAGCUUCCCGGCUCUCUUCGCUGUCUAAAGCCAGAGGGCAGCAUCCUCAAAGACAGAUUUAAGAGCUUCCAGAAGAGAAACCUGAUUGAGCCCAGAGAGCGGGCCAAAUAUAAGAGGCGGCUGAAGGUGAAGUACACAGAAAAGAGAGCUUUCAGGGAGAUACAGUGACUGUCACAAUCCUCCUACAGUGGAGCAAACUAUGACCACAUGAUGUUCUGUGCUGCUCACAGAACAAUCAAAAUAAAUUACUUGGAUUUCAAAAUUCA